GUGCAGGCGUUGCUGUGAGGAUUAAGGAAGACGGACAGAAAAUCAUUUACUUGCCGAAAGGGGAGUCGGUGAAACUGGGGUGCCCCUUUUCUUCCGAUCCUGAAGAUAACACCCCAGAUAGCGACUGGGACAUCCAGUGGAAGCAGCUGAAACCUGGUCCACACCCCCAGUACAACCCACUCCUGGGUUAUCACGACCACCGUAUCGUCUACGCAGGGCCUCCUGAAUUCCAGCAGCGGGUAGGGUUCACCUCUGCAGAUCCCAGCCUAUAUGAUGCCUCCAUGCAGCUGCGCGAUCUGCAGGUUAGCGAUUCUGCGACAUACGAAUGUGUCGUGAAGAAGACCACUGAAGCUACCCACAAAGUGACCGUCACUGUUCAAGAAAAACCACUCCUUCCUCAAUGCUGGAUAAUUGGCGAGGUCACAUAUGGGGAGGACAUCACUCUUCGUUGCUUCACUUCCACGGGCUCUCCGCCGCUCAGCUACCGGUGGUCCAUGUUGACUGGAAAUCAGUUCCAUGAUUGGAUGCCUUCAGGAGGAGCAAUAGGAUCCGUUCCAGGGGAUCUUCAGAUCCGCAACUUGUGUGAUGACCACGUGGGGACCUACCAGUGCAGCGUGGGCAAUAAUGUUGGGGUGGCUUAUUGUUCGGUGGAAAUCUACUUUGGAGGAGGUUGGAGCCGAGGCUGGAUCAUCGCGGGCUCCAUCAUCAUCGCCCUGCUGUCCCUGGCACUGAUCAUCGGGGGCGUGAUCUGGUGCUGCUGGUGCUGCUGGGGCAAGGCGGGCGGCUGCUGCGGGGAGUGCCCCAGCUGCUACUGCGGGAAAGACUACUGCUGGGACUGCUGCUGUUCGUACGGCUCGACCGAGGAGAAGCAUCAGGAGUAUUCCCAGACCAAGGCCAGCGAUAUCUGUGUGGAUGCUGAAGCUCCCCCAAGCAGACCGUGCAGCCAGGCGUUCAGCCGAGCCAGCAGCCUCCACUCCUUGCUUGGCUAUCAAACGAAGGGCGUCCAGUACACCCCAGGCCGCAAGUUCACCCCUCCCAUCGUCCAAGUCAAGAUGAGCUCUCCGCCGGACAGCGACGUGAGCGUCGUCCUGCCUCUUGAAAUCCCCUCUCCUCCCAAUUCGGAACAAGGGGACAUCUCGGAACCCUACUACCCCCCAAAAGGGAGCACCACAUACCCUGACCCAGACCCCUGCCCCGAACAGAUCAAAGGCGACAGCACCAAGGGCUCUCGGUCUCACAUCUACUCCGAGCCACAUAAUUACACUUCCGCCAGCUCCGAUCCCACCGGGCUUCGCUGGAAGGAUGGGAACGGCAGGCAGUACAAGGGGACGGUACUCAUGAUGCGGUCUUCGAGCAGGGAAGGUCUUUUGAUAUGA